AUGGCCGACACGUUGCCUGAAUUUCCCACUGAUGUCGCGACGGCGCCACUGCUUCGUCUAUCACUGCUCAAGUUGGUAAAGCAUGACGCGGCAGAGAUUGGCCGGUUCAUAAAUGCAUGCUGCGACUUGGGCUUUUUUUACCUGCACCUCGAUGGCCCGGGGGAUGCCAUCCAGGAACAAUCCCAGCAAAUGUUUAACAUUGCCGAAGGUUUAUUCGAUUUGCCGCUGGGAGAGAAGAAGAAGUACGACUUUUCCGCUCACAAGACCUACUUCGGAUACAAGCAUUUGGGAGGCUCUGUCGCGGACAGAACGGGCAGGCUUGAUAGAAACGAGUUCUACAAUAUCAGCAGAGACGAUAUAUUCGGAACGACUAAGCCAUGGCCUGCCCCGCAGCUUCCAAAAGACACACUGUCUUCCAUGCACAGAGUGAACGUGCCAAGUGGAGACCAUGUUCGCAUGAUCAAAGCCCCGCCGCAGCCUGUAGAUGACAAGCAGAUUGCUCUCGGAGAACAUACAGACUUUGGCAGCAUCACGAUCCUCUUCAACCGUCUCGGCGGCUUGCAGAUUCUGCCGCCCGGCGACGACGCGACCUGGACCUAUGUCAAGCCUCUCCCAAAUCAUGCCAUCAUCAACAUCGGAGAUGCUCUCGUCAAGUUCACGAAUGGGGUCUUGCGAUCCAACAUUCAUCGCGUCGUCUCCCCACCGGGAGCGCAAGAGCAGCAUCCACGGUACUCAGUCGUGUACUUUAGCCGGCCGGAGGAUGAUGUGCCGCUGAGGAGACUGCAGGGUAGUGCCGUGAUCCCACCGCUCCAGGACGGCGCAGAAGAGGAAGUGGCCACUAGCAAGGAAUGGAUAAUCCGCCGUGCGUUGGGGUCCCGGCCGCAGGUUGUGGGUGACGAUGCGUAUGACUGGAGUAAAAGCUCUGGGACAGAAGACAUUUCACGAAGAACCGCCACUGUUUCGUAG